GCAGAUGUCACUACAAAAUACAUAAAUUCAAAACCUUGUGUCGCUCUGUACAUAGGAUGUUUCAAUAAUUGUGAAAUGUUUUCCUAUCGAAUUGCUACUGUUGGAUAUUUAUUUGAUUGAUUGUUCACUCGGAAUUGCAAUAGUGGAUCAAUAAUUGGGAGAAAUGAAGGCGGCGCCGAACCCUGUUGAGAUUCAACACUUUCAGUUCAAGCAAUCGACAUCUCGUCAGGUGUGCGAUCCCCUGAAGCCGAUUCCAAGGGCUUGUAGUCUGAUCGCAACAGAUUGUAAACGAGGUCUGAUUUACACAGCCCACAGAAAUGAAAUCACAGUCCUCCCCUGUUCAGAAUCUUCCACCAGCUCGCACCUUCAGCACACUCUCCCACGUCCCAUCACCCGAAUUUCCCUCAGCUGUGAUUUCACCUAUCUGGGCGUGACCUUAGACACCGCAACAGCCUACAUUUACUCGGCGUCCUCCGUCAGCCGCCAGUCACUGGAGCUUCUCCACGAGAUCCAGUUGUCCUCCUCCCCGCAAUCAGUCUUCACUUAUGACCUGAAAUGGAACCCCUCGAUCCCCGGGAAUUUCUGCACAAUCUCCAGCGACGACUCUAUAGGCUCCUUCUCCCUCAAUCUGGAGCAAAAAUCAACCAUAAGCAUAGUAGCCCUGGAAAAAAUUCAGGGCUUGUCACCUAUCUGCGUGGCUUGGAGUCCAAAGGGCAAGCAGUUAGUGGUUGGUUGCAAGAAUGGCAGUAUAAUCCAGCUGAAACCAGAAUUGAAAGUGGCAAGAAGCCUUCCAGGGCCCUCCCCCAGCAUGGGAGAAGUCCUGGAGAUCACCUGGAUCAGCAACUACCAAUUCUGCGCAGUUUACUCAGACUCAAACGAUCGUCGAAUAAACGUCGUGAUAAUCGACGCCCCAAAAGGCCAGCCAAAGGCGACAUUCACCAACUACGAGGACAUCACGUUUGGAAUGCCCCCUGGAGAUGAGGAUUACCCGAGGUACUACAUUGAACAUGUACCAGAGUGGAAUAUCAUCCUGGCGGGGAGCAGUUGCAGCCCUGAAGUAGCUCUCCUUGGAUCGACUGAUACUGGAGUCACGUGGGAACAGUGGCUACUGAUCGAUAGUGGAAGGGCAGCAUUGCCAUGCAUAGGAGGAGACGAGACGUACCCCCUAGGAAUCAGCAUCGAUAAAUCCCCUCAGGAUGUCCUUCCCUGGGGCGAUGGAGGCAGCCUCCCUCAUCCGGUGCCCAUGCUACACAUAUUCGAUAACUCUGGGAGGAUAAUUUCGUUUCACAUGGUCAACUUGACACCCAAUGCUCCCACACUAUGCUCAGCUCCUUGGGAACCGGUGACGAUAGCCUGUCCUGCUCCACCUCCUCAGGAACAAACCAGGACGAGUCUGUUGCCCACGGAAAUAUCAUUUGCUGCGAAUUUAGCGAUCACGAGUACACCUAGACCGAAGCAGAAUGAUGUGGCUAUUGUCCAGCCUCCGACUGUCGCGACUAAUCUCUUCGAUGAGAGGAUCACGACUCCUGUUCCUGCUGCUCCGAGUAUCAUUUAUCCCGUGGCACCUGUAGUGCAGACUCCGGCGCCUCUGAAUCCUCCAAAACCCAAGGUUGAUCAGGUGGAAUCUGUACCUCCGAAAGUGGAGACUCGUUUAGUUAAGGAUCAGCCAACUCCACAACCAACUCCACCACCUGAGAAGCCUGUCAUUGAUGAGAGUAUUUGUCUGCGGGUUUACAGGGAGGAGUACAGUUUAUUCGAAAGUGAAUUGAAACAGAAGUUGGAGCCACCGGUCUACGAGUGUGGGACCAAUGAUGAAAGAACAAGACUGACAGCAUUGUCAACAAUAAUUGAGCAAUUUCUUGGGGAGCUCAGAGAGACCACUAACAGUCUAACCAGUGACAUAUCUUAUUUGAAAGCACUUCUGCUUCAGUCCUUCGCCUGGAUCGAAGAAACUAAAUCUAGGAAUUCGAACUCUCUCGAUAUUCUUGAACGUCACGACAAGACUAAAAUAAAGGAGCUUCAACGUCUCUAUAUGAACACUCAGUCCCAAUUGUUGCAGGCCACGAAAGCCCUGGAUAUGGACUGGGCAGAGCGUCAACUUCGAGAAAAAUCAAAAAUGAAAAUUCCGAGUUUGGAGUUCGUCUACCAGAGUUUAAAACGCCAUUCGGAGAUAAUCGCCAAGGAGAAAGCAAACUUGGACAAUCACAUUCAGAAAUGGAAACUGAUGUCGAGAAGCUCCAAAGUGACGAGUCUCAAUCGUUCAAUGUCGAAGCUAAGUCUGGGGAAGACUUCUUUCACAGCUGUGAAUGGAACCAGUGUUGAUGGAAUUGAAAUUCGUUGCAGGACAAUCGCCAAUAACACCAAGAACUUCAGCAAGGAUAAGCACAUGAAACUGAGAGACAUUCUAUUCCACACUAAAACCAGAGUUAUAAAACCGAUGAAUUCGUCGCCCAUUCAGGAUAAAUUGGAGGCUACUCUGUCCUCUUUAGCAUCACUAAGUCCUGUCCCAGCUCCUGUGAAGCCUAGAACUAUUCCGAAAGCCAUUCCAGAACGAGUAAUCAGUCAGGCCCCUUCAACAACACCUAAACCAUUAACGAAUCCUCCAAGUCUAGUGAAACCUCAGCCCGCAGCAAGUGCAUCCCCAACUGUGGCAGCACAGCCCUCACCAUCGAUCCCACCUCCAGCAAUGGAGAAAUCCAUUCCAACGAGUCCGCUGGCCUCGUUGAACUCAAUUGUAGCACAACUUGGAGGUGCUGGUGAGAAAAAGCCAUCAAUCAUUCCGAAUAAAUCCCAGCCACUUCAAUUCUCCAUGGGUUUGCCAUCCUCCCAAAGUCUCGAGACUGCAGCGAAAAUUAAUUUGCCUUCUAACUUACAAUUGGGAACACCUGUUCCUCAGGUCAGUGUUCAGCCUGUUGGAAACCAACCAGCACCAACAUUCUCCAAGAUUCUCAACGUCUCCUUCCUGAAUGCUGACCAGAAACCCCUGGGGAAUGCCGCGAAUUCGAAGGAAAAUGCCAACAAGCCUGAGACUGUUCUGUCCUUCGGAAAUAAGGAUACACAGUCAGUUUCCAGCACAACUAGUCUCUUCUCCGAAGGGUUAUUCAAAAACGCGGCACUGUCUAUAACGAAAACGGGGCAAUCAUCUCCACAGACUCCGGCACCUGCUCUAGGGCCCGGUUUAUCCAUUUCAUUCAAAGAAAAUCCACCUGCGACUACUCAAAGUGUCUUCAGUUUUGCCAGUACUCCCGCUUUCUCCACUCCAUCCUCGACAGUUCCAUCCUCCAAUCAAGGAGGACUCGAUCUCUCAAGACUGACUACUGGUUUGUCUGCAAAGCCAGCAGCUGAAACGACAUCGCCAACGUCAAUGCUGGGAAAAUUAUCUAUGCCAUCUCCAAGUAUCAAUUUCGCAAAGUCGCCCAUUGCUGCGACUCCCUCUACUGCGUCAACUGCUUCUCCAGGGAGUCCAGCUGUUCCUCAAGAGGUGAAAAUUUCCGUCAAUUUGCCAGCAGGAACAACAAUAGAGAAGCGACCAGUCACAACUUCAUCAUCAACGACAUCGUCAGUGUUUGGCUCGACCUCCCCCAAAGCAUCUGUCAGUAUUUUUGGUGGUCAGACUGGACUCACCUCCUCCAUGUUCGGUGGAACUGCAGCCAAUGCUGUCUCACUCGCAACAUCAUUACCAUCAACGUUCAAUUCAACUCAGGUGACCUCAACCCCCACUACAACUUCAGCCCCAACUUUCGGAGCCAGUCCGUUUUCUCAAGCAGCAGUGACAACCACCUCUACUACAACCUCGCCAGCCUUCGGCGGUACCCCUUCCUUCGGCUCGACGUUGAACACUGGUAUGUCAAGCCUCAACUUCGGAAAGUUGACUCCUUCAGGGAAUUCAGCACCUGCACCAUCUUUCUUCGGUAUAAGUGUUGCCGCCCCAACAACAUCAUCCCCAGGGUCAAUUUUUGGGCAGGCCCCAUCACUCCCUUCAUCAUCCACAUCUGGCUCCGUCUUCGGUAAGGCCGCUGUCACGACAACAGCUUCAGGAUUAAUGUUCGGACAGACAGCAAUGUCACCAGUGACCACAGCUUCAGGAUCAAUUUUCGGUGGCGCAACGCUUCCCCAAACUCAGACGGCCCCAACAGGUGGAACAUUCGGCUCUCAAGUAGGGAAUACUUCAAUAUUUGGAACAGCAUCUCCAGGGUCAUCGACGAACAUCUUCGGAGGAGGUACUGCACAGUCAUCAACGGCAGAAGGGGCCUCUAUGUUCGGGGGUGCCCCGGCCGCUCCCUUCGGCUCAUCAACGUCUUCAUCGAUAUUCGGAGGUGCGAAACCCACUGGUGGAAGUGUCUUUGGGGGAUCUGCUAGCUUUGGCUCUCCAAUGGGAGCGCCAACAUCUCCACCACCCCCAGCCUUUGGCGGUGCACCCGCUUUCGGGGCUAAACCAGUUUUUGGAGCUGCUCAACCUGUCUUUGGAUCUCCUAAAGCAGAAUUCGGAGGGAAUGCCUUUGGGGUGCAGCCGACAUUUGGAAAUCCCGGGGGUUUUACCACUUCUCCGACUAUGGGGGGAUCUCCUGGACUCGGUACUGCCAAUAUGGGAAAAGUAUUUGGAAGUCCUGGAAAUUCGACGUUUGAAUCACUCGCUGAACAAAACGGGGGCAUGACUUUUGGCAGUUUAGCGCAGAAGAGCCCGGAAAAACCUCCUCCACCUGCGUUCAGUGGAGGCAGCUCUUUCUCCAGUUGGCGAUGAAUGAAUGCUCUGUUGAUUUACAUUUUUAUUUUAUAAAUUAGACGAUCUUCAUUGAAUUAAACAAUCAUGCUCAUUUCUUACGGAACGAAAAUAAAAGGAAAAUCGUGAAGGGUUAUUGAUGAAUAAAAAAUAUUUUUAGAAUGUAUAAA